CCUCCCCUCCCGGUCCCUCCUCCCCGCCGGCGCCGGCCGUGCCCGCUUCGCUCCCCGCCCCGGCUCAGGGGCGGCUGCCGCCGCUGCUGCUGCCGCUGGCGGCUCUGGCAAAAUGUGCGAGCGCGGCAGCUUCUACAGGCAGGAGCUGAACAAGACUGUGUGGGAGGUACCCCAGCGCUACCAGAACCUCACCCCAGUGGGCUCUGGUGCCUACGGCUCCGUCUGCUCAGCUUAUGAUACCAAAACAAGACAGAAGGUGGCGGUAAAAAAGCUUUCAAGACCUUUUCAAUCGCUUAUUCAUGCGCGGAGGACCUACAGGGAGCUUAGGUUGCUAAAGCACAUGAAGCAUGAAAACGUUAUAGGAUUGCUGGAUGUUUUUACACCUGCAACAUCAAUAGAAAAUUUUAACGAAGUGUAUCUUGUGACAAAUUUAAUGGGUGCUGACCUGAAUAACAUUGUGAAGUGCCAGAAGUUAACAGAUGACCAUAUACAGUUUCUCAUCUAUCAGUUACUUCGAGGUCUUAAGUAUAUUCACUCAGCUGGAAUCAUCCACAGGGACCUGAAGCCCAGUAACCUAGCUGUAAAUGAAGACUGUGAAUUGAGGAUUUUAGACUUUGGUUUAGCUCGACAAACUGAUGAUGAAAUGACUGGAUACGUUGCAACAAGAUGGUACAGAGCUCCAGAAAUCAUGUUAAAUUGGAUGCACUACAAUCAGACAGUUGAUAUCUGGUCAGUUGGAUGCAUCAUGGCAGAGUUAUUGAAAGGGAAGGCCCUGUUUCCUGGAAACGAUUAUAUUGAUCAACUAAAGAGAAUAAUGGAAGUUGUGGGCACACCCAGUUCUGAACUUCUGAAAAAGAUCUCAUCAGAACAUGCAAGAAAAUACAUUGAAUCUCUUCCACAUAUGCCUCAACAGGAUUUAAAGGCAGUAUUUCGUGGUGCCAAUCCAUUAGCUGUAGAUCUUCUUGAGAAGAUGCUUAUAUUAGAUAGCGAUAAGAGAAUUACUGCCUCAGAAGCACUUGCCCAUCCAUACUUUGUACAGUAUCAUGAUCCAGAUGAUGAACCUGAGGCUGAAGUGUAUGAUGAGUCAAUAGAGAAUAAGGAGAGAAACAUAGAUGAAUGGAAAGAACUUACCUAUGAAGAAGUGAUCAGCUUUAAACCCCCUGACUUAAAAAUGGAUAGCCUGGAGAUAGAACAGUGAAUACAGGCAGCUCCGUUUUGCCUUGAUGCACUAUGAAGACUGUUAAAAUAUAACCAUACAAUUUCACCUGUGGUCAGACAUAGAUUCUGCUAUCCAAAGAUGUUGGAGAAGAUGUGGAAAAGCAGAUGCAUUACAUACAGAAGCCAGAUGUUGUCUGGCUUGGGUGGGGGUUUUCUGCCUUGUAAUAAGAAUGUAUUCCCAACUCACAAAGGGUGACAAAGAACUACUUCAUUCUGACAAAAUUAUGCACUGAGUUCUGUCGAGCUGUGUUCUGCAUGUUCCAUUUUAUCAAUUGUAUUGCCAAAAUAAAGGUGACUUUUUGAAUUAAUUUUAAAAUUGUACAUUUAAAGCAUGAAUGUAUCAAACAUAAGCAUAGAUGUUCAUACAAGCAGUCCUUUUUUCUUCUGGCAUUUCAUCUGUUUUCCUAUUAUUUAUAGUUAGUGCCUUUAUGAAGGGAGGGCGUGGUAGCGAGAUAGACGCAGUAUGCAUAUGUAGCCAUAUCUGUGGUGGUCUUACGAAUUUACUGGAUGUCUCUCAAGCAAUCUUAACACCAGUUGAAAGUCAGUAAAAAUAAAUCUUUGUCUUCUGUUGCCA